AAAUGUGUGAAUUAUUGGAUAAAUUUAAAUUGUGUUCAAAAAUAACUGAACAAACAAAACUUGAGAUCAAAUUGUUUCAUUGUAUUGAUAAUAAUUGUUGGUUUGUCACUAACGAUGAUCAGGUCUAUGGAUUGGGUGGUAAUAAAAGUGGUAUAUUAGGAUUGGGUGAUAAUAAUAGAGUUAGCGAACCGAAACCGAUUCAGGAAUUGUGUGGUAAAGGUGUAGUCAAAUUUGUUACUGGAUUUGAUUAUGGAUUGUGUUUAACUGGUGGCGACCAACAAGUCUACAGUUGGGGUUAUAAUUGGUUUUUCCAAUUGGGCAGAGAUACCAGUCCCGAUUACAGUUGGUUUACACCCGAUGUCAUCCCAGUUCUCUCUGAUAAACGUAUUGCGGAUAUUGCGUGCGGUUAUCAUCAUUCGCUGGCGCUCAGCACCGAUGGCACUGUCUAUGGCUGGGGCUAUAACCGAAUGGGUCAGUGCGGUUCGGGACAGGUUUGGUUUUGGAUUGAAUGUCCCACUCGUGUACUGUUUCCGCCAAAUACUUGUAUUAAAUCGAUUUAUUGCUACAAUUUCUGUUCGUUUGCCAUAACCGGCGGCAACGGUGGCGAUGGACUCGUAUACAGUUGGGGUCAAAAUCUGUUUGAACAGUUGGGUCAUCAAAAAUAUCAGCACAUUAUUCAACCACUUUUAGUACCACAUAUUGAUGACAUUAAAACAAUCAGUCACUUGAUAUCCAGUGACUUACUUGAACUAACUUAUGUCCUAACAAAUAGCAAACAGUUAUAUUUGUUAAACACUAUUACCCGGAAUAAUAGUGUAAUCAAUAAUAAUGUUCAACAAUUGUGUGGACCAUAUAUCCAAUUAAGUGACAAUUAUUAUUAUUAUAGCAUACUUGAUAUGACCAAUCCAUUAGACUAUACUAAUAGUAUGGAUCUAUUUGCCAAUGAACACCAAUUGACCAAGGAGACAUUAAAUAUGCAUUUGUAUAAAAUUGAUAAUUUUCAAAUUUAUCCAAACAAACAUAAUGAUAAAUUUUCAAUAAUAACAACAUUGGGUUCAGGAGCUUACGGUACUGUCAAUAAAGUUGUCGAUAAAGUUUCCGAAAGAUUGUUUGCUAUCAAAAUUAUUGAAGGUAAUAAUAUUUAUGAAUUACAAGAGGAAGUAAAACAAUUGUUGAAACUUCGGUCACAAUUUGUGGUCAACUAUUAUGACGCCUGGUUUGAGUCCAAUAUUACUGAUAUAUCGCGAACACCGAAUAACUAUAAACUUUAUAUACAAAUGGAGUUUUGUAUGAAAAAUCUCAAAGAGUUUAUUAAAUCAAAAUACGAAAUCUUUGACCGAAAAUCUGAUGAACCAAUGGAUCCGAUCGAGUAUUAUAUUUCAAGUCAUCUGAUGCUAGAGUUGUGCGAAUGCGUCGAAUAUCUGCAUACAAGACAACCACCAGUCAUUCAUCGGGAUCUCAAACCGGCUAACAUUCUCGUCAUGGAUAAGCCAAUUAAUAAUAGAUAUUUAAAAUUAUGUGACUUUGGUUUGGCCACUGAACACAACCAUCAAUCGCAACUUCAUACCAGCAGAACCGGUACUCAACACUAUAUGGCACCGGAAGUCAACAUUGAAGAGAUCGGUGAUGAUAGACCAGUGGUGUCGUACAAUCAGAAAAGUGAUGUCUAUAGUUUGGGUGUCAUAUUAAGAGAACUGUUUGAUAUCAUAGAUAUAAACUAUGAUAGAAAUACACACAUUGAUUAUAAAAUAAUCAAUACAUUGGGUUCGGGUGUUUUUGGCACUGUUAACAAAGUCAUGGAUAAAACAUCGGAAAAAUUGUUUGCAAUCAAGAUUAUCGAUGGUGAAUUUCAGUAUGAAUUGCAACGAGAAGUCAAACAAUUGUUUAAACUUCAGUCAAAAUUUGUGGUCCGCUGUUAUGAUGCCUGGUUUGAUCAGUCCUAUAGACUCAACAUUCAAAUGGAGAUUAUGUCGCAAAGUCUCAGAGAUGUUAUCGAAAUAAAGUCAAAAACAUUUCAACGACAAUCCACAGAACCCAUGGAUCCGAUCGAGUAUUACAUUUCAAGUCAUCUGAUGCUAGAGUUAUGCGAAUGCGUUGAAUAUCUGCAUACAAGACAUCCGCCAGUUAUUCAUCGGGAUCUCAAACCGGCUAAUAUACUCAUCAAUGAUAAGCCAAUUAAUAAUAGAUUUUUAAAGUUGUGUGACUUUGGUUUGGCCACUGAUCACAAUCGUUUGGGAUCCAAAUCACAAUCACAUACCAACAGAGCCGGUACUACACAUUAUAUGGCACCAGAAGUUGAUAUUGAAUCCGAUGUCAAUAUCCAGUACAAUGAAAAAAGUGAUGUCUAUAGUAUGGGUGUCAUAAUUAAAGAGUUGUUUGAUAUCAUCCAUUUAGAGUAA